GCGCGUUUGACGACGAUGACGUGACACACGUGGAGGGCGAGGUGGAGCCUGUGCGCGACCUGGCCAUCAUCAACGAGGAGCUGCGGCUCAAGGAUGAGGCCUACCUGCUGCCUUUCAUCGAGAAGUUCGAGAAGAACGUGCUCCGCUCGGACAAGAAGGCCAAGCCCGAAUAUGACAUCCUCCUCAAGAUCAAGUCUGUUCUAUGCGAAGACAAAAAACAUCUGCGCUUCCAGGAGUGGAACGCCAAUGAGAUCGAGGUGCUAAAUAAGCACCUGUUCCUGACCGCCAAACCCGUCAUCUACCUGGUGAAUCUCUCCGAGAAGGACUUCAUCCGGAAGAAGAACAAAUGGCUGGUUAAGAUCAAGGAGGCUGUGGAGCAGAGCGACCCGGGCGCGCUGAUCGUGCCCUUCUCAGCCGCCUUCGAGAACAAGGUGAUCGACAUGUCGCCUGAGGAGAAGAAAGCGUUUGAGGAGGAGACCAAGGCCAACAGUCAGCUGGAGAAGAUCAUCGUGGCCGGCUACAAGGCGCUGCAGCUGCAGUACUUCUUCACCUGCGGUCCGGACGAGGUCAAGGCCUGGACCAUCCAGGCCGGCACUAAGGCGCCCCAGGCUGCUGGCCGAAUUCACACAGACUUCGAGAAGGGCUUCAUCAUGGCCGAGGUGAUGAAGUACAAGGACUUCCACGAGCUAGGGUCGGAAGCUGCCGUCAAGGCGGCCGGAGGCUACCGUCAGCAGGGCAAGACGUACGUCGUCGAGGACGGCGACAUCAUCUACUUCAAGUUCAACGCUGGCGCUGGGCUGAGUGGCAAGAAAAAGUGAACGCGCGCGCGCGCACGAGAUUGCCCUAGGAUUGGAAUUGUUGUCCAUGAAGUGUGCGCGGCUGGUGUUUUGAGG